CAUUUGCGACUUCUGGGAUCACUUCCAAACUGCGAGUUUUCCCCGGAAACUAUAUCAAUACAACCGCGAGACUGCGUCCUUCUGGGGCUUCUACCGGUGGUAGUAAUAUAAAAGGAUACAUGGGUGCGGCUGCUGGGAUACAUCGAGCUGAGCGUCGUACUGUUACUCCUCUUUUGUGGAUGCAAAAUGUAAGGAUGGUUAAAUCCAGUGGUGAAGGUCAUACUGAUAAAGGUGUCCCGGCCAAUAUGCACGAAGAAAUGGUUGAAAUAUCACGAAAAUUCCCUAAUGUGAAGGUUACUAAGUUAAAUGCAGGAAAUUAUACUAUAAGCCUAAAAGGUCCAUGGUCUGAUAGUGGUGUUGCAUUUAUUCGUAUAAAUAUAUCAUUUCCUCCACAAUAUCCCGACAAAGCCGCACCAACUUUUGUUAUUCAUAAAACUGGCAUGAUAUCUAUAAUGAAUCGAACGCAUAUGUCACAAAUUCUAAACCGCAUUGCUAUUAACCACGUAUCUGAGAAAAGGCCGUGUAUGGAAACUUGCAUACGUUACUUGCUUGGUGAACAAGUUCAAGACAACGAUGGACGAGAUCGAUAUGGAAGAGAAGAUUCUGAUGAAGAAAAUCUUAUAAAUUUUAACAGGAGAACAUCAUAUGAUAAAAAUCUGACGCUGUUACUUGGGGAUAAGGAUGAUCAUAACAUUCCUUUUCCAGUAAUAUGCGGCGCACGGUUUUCAAUAAAUGGACAAUUGGUAUGUUUCUUCUCGAACCUCCGAUCCCCGGAUGUUAGUCAUUCAAUUACACAGGUCGAUUCAAACAAUUCAACAGGAUCUAGUUGCAAAAUACAGACUAGUAGUUAUACCUACACACAUCCUCGAUCUUAUGAUUCAUGGGAACAGUAUAAAAUGAUUUCACGGCUCCCGAUGCCUGUAACGCAUAAUGUAGCUGAUGAUGGCGUUUCGACUUAUGAAGGUGAAGAAGACUUAUAUAACUUGCAUUCAUUUUACUAUAAGUCAAAGAGUGAAUUACAUGACGCUUUAGAUUCCUCUGAUCGCGUUGCAUUGUUCCAAUCAACUAAAUUGGACAGAAAAGGCCAUGAAAUCCUUAUGUUUGAUUUGUCAGAAUUGAUGCCUGUUAGUCAGAAAUUGGCAAAAAAUUACAUUCUCAAUGGAAAUGAUCCUGCUGAAAUUUGUAAAAAGAAUGCACAA